UUGAAUUCAGUCCCAGACUCCCAGAUUUCAAAUCAAACAGAAACAGGAGGGGUUUCAGUUUGUGCGGCGAAAUGUCGCGCAAAUGAUUUUGCGAUCCUUUGCUUUUGAUGCGUGCAAUUAUAGUGCAAUAUUAGUUCCGCAUGACUAAAAAUUUGAAUAGAAAGCGCUACAAAAAUUGCCCGAUACCUCGAGUAUUGCACUGAUGUAGUUGCCAGGACUCCAUCACUCACUGUAUAGCCUAAAUCCGUAAACCGCAUAGAAAGGAUCCUGCCGCGUACCGUUAGCAUAUACUUAUUAGAUUACCCGUCGAAUGGCCCAUGCAUACAGGUUUUUAUGCGUGUAUAGUAUAAAAAUGGGACUGCAGUAUUUUUUCCUAAUGCGACUUUUUGACAUGCGCAAUAAAGCCUAAAGGCUUACUCAAUCCUUAAAGUGAGCUACAACCAGAAAACGAUACCGUUCGAAUAAUUUUAAAACCAACUUCUUGUCAUUCGUGGAAUAACUUUUCUAUUUGUCCGAGCAUGACAGCAGGACAGAGCGAUAAUUUCAUCCUCAUACCUUUUUUUCAUCAAAAGCUACCUGUUUUUUUAGGCUGUAAGCCGGUGUUGACAAAGACAUGUGUCAAUAUUUAACACACCUAGCAUGAGAAUAAUCAUGCGAGAUUUUAAUACGUGCAUCUUCCUGUAAUCCGACAUGCAUGAAUAUCAUCCAAAAAUAUCAUAUGAUACGUAUACUAUAAACAAUGUCUCGCAGUUAACGAGCGAAUUGUGAAUAAGCAAAUUUAAUUACGCAUGAAUUUUAAUAUUCUAUUUGCUACGCGAAAGUAAACAGACGUUGUUGUGAACGGUUAUUUAUCUUCCUGAGUAAUGGCUGGUUCUUUUAAAUUAUUUUAUCAGGAUCAAUCCCGAAGGAAGUUCCUGUAUAAGAUGAGUAUGGAAAGAUGGAGCAGUAUGCAGGAGCUACAACAUCAGGAGGAUGGCUUUCAAAAUUCUCCGGCUGUCCAUACAGUGAAGGAUCAAGAAUGGCUCAUCCAAGACUUAAAGAAGGAAAACUUCGACUUGAAGUUGAGGUUAUUUAUGGAGCAGAAAGAACGUGAGAAACUGCUCAAUGGCAACAGUCGUCAGACAGAUGAUUUGGAAUCAGACCUGACAGAGGCUUUAGACGAGUUAGAACAUGCGAUGGACAAGGAAAACCAACUCUCGCACGAACUUAAUGCAGCGAGACGUAGAGAAAAAAGCUUAGCCACUAAACUAAAGCGACUUGAACGCGUUUGUCAACAUCAAGAAGAGGACAUAAUACGGAUGAGCGUUGAGCUUGAGAAUCUUAAAAUGGAGAUGGCUGCAAAGGAUAGUGGGAUUGCUAGCCCCAAUGCUCCGCGCACACGGACUCUUCAAAACCGCUCUGGAAGAAUGAGCCCCACUUCAGAUUUCUACUCAGACCGAUUAUCAGCUGGAUAUCCAGAUCGCUACUGGGAUCGUUAUUCCGACCGGAAUUCAGAUCGAGGAUCGGACAGCGGGUCAUACGUUACGACACCUCACGAGCGCAAGACGUUCUUCGGCGACCGCUUUCCAGAUGAUAUGUCGACAAGCGACGAGUCGGAAACGAAGCAUCGCACUAUCUCCACUACAGCGUCCGAUGUCGAGCGAAAUAAAAGAAGGGAAAAAUUAUUGUCACGAAGAGUUCGACAUUACCAGGAUAUCCCAGAUAACGAGGAAGAACAGGACGUUGUGGACGGAAAUGGGCGUUCUGCGGAUCGUAUUGGCGAUGCUAAUCAAUCCCCUAGACUGGAAAGACUGAAAGAUGAUGAUUCUAAUCACCAGGAACGCGCGAUUGAUGUGGCUCCUGAUAUAAUAAAGACCACUCCAGAAACCAAUUCCGGUCAGAAAAGGGGGACAUUCCCCAGACCGCGUUGGUUCCAGAAAAAAUCAAAAGGAAACAAACAGACAAGCAAGAGCAUGGAUGAACUUAACUCUAUUGGACGUAUUGAUGUGAAAAAUAUACAUAAAAAGAACAAAAAAUACAAUUUCUGGGGCUGCGUGCGGGCCAGAGAAUCGAUCAAUGAAAACAUACGUUCUGAGUAUGCGCCAGUAAAGAGACCGCAGGUCAAGAACACUGAAAGCACGCCUAAGACCACUGAUCAGAAUAAUGGCGUCACAAACGGAGAUGCAGCUCCAGUCGACUAUAUUUAAAUCAUGUUUACAACCACAGGUAGAAGUAAGAAGAGUCUUUAAUGAGAUAAGUACGGCCACGUGUUGGAAAGAUAAAAUGCUGCAAUCCUGUUUAUUGAAGAAAGAUGUUUAGUAAAUUUUAUUGUAAUAAGCUGUCAGACAGCAACAACAUUUUCUAUCAGUGAACGUCUUUAUUUAAUUAUGAUUGCCCCUGAUCGCCUCGACCAGCGACCUCAUCAUUAAUUUAAUUGGUAUAAUUGUUAAUUGUUUCGAAUACAAUUUUCCACUGCAUGAAAGUCAAAGCCAGAAGACCUUUAAGGUAGAAAAGUACAGUAGAUUUUGCGAGAUACAAGCAUUGCGUUUCAUAGUAUUGCAUACCAGGCCAAUGUCAAUGAAGCUUUGACUUUGGGUUGUUUUCCAGUUUUUCCAAUUUACACGUAAAAUAAUUUAAAUGAUACUUAUAAAAUCAACGAUCAAAUAGAUGCAUAGGACCGGAUUCUGUUGAUUCUGAUGAUUUUGUGUGUGUGUUUUUUUGGCAUAAAAUUAACAAUACAACAAGCUUUUAAGCUUUUACGUGCGUGUACGUACGUGCAAAAAAAACACGGCGCAAAAAAAAACACGGCAGUGGAAAGCAGCCCCUUGAGUCAAUACGUGUGCUGAUAAGACGCAAAACGAGCAAUGAGUAAGUCGUAGUUAGUCCGUUGAGAACUUUGAUUGUACAUAUAAUUAUUCACAUCAUAGUGCCCAACAUUCUGUAA